CCACAACUUCCAAACGGCAACUGUCGUAACAGGCGACACCAGACUGAACGGGCACCAUCGUAGGGUUUGCAAAGGUGCUGUUCAAUACUUUCACAGAGCAUGAGUAAUUACAGAUGGCGAUGAAGAACGCGUUUUUAGUUGGUGUUUCACUUCUAGCGCUCAUUGUUGAAGUUUACUGUCAGUCACAGUUUCUUCGAUGGUGCGUGGCAGAGAACGGUAUCUGCCAUCGCGACAGGGAAUGCUGCGACAAAAUGACCUGCAGCGACCAUUUUGGGGUCGGUAAGUGUAUACCGCUAACAUCAUCAGCCCCAGUUCCUUCGACAUGGCCUCAGACAGGUUCUCAGACUUGGCCUCAGACAUGGCCCUGCACGCAAACCUGGCCGCCCCUGUACCCUCCUUGGUGUGUGCCUCUUCAGAAGAAGAAGAAGAAAAAGAAGAAGAAGAAAACCAAGAUUCUCAUCAGAGUUUGUGGAGAUCUAAUGGGAAUGAAUGUUAAGGCCAAGAAAAAGGACAGCUUAUUUAAACGAUUAACGUGCAAACAGAUGAGAGAAUGGUAUGGAAAUAAGGAGAAAAAGAAGCAAAAGUAAUCUCCCAUCAAAUUCGAUGAAAACCAAACACAGCCAAUCGUGUCACCUUUUAUAAUAAUGUCAGACUCUUAUCCAGGCACUGCAAACGCCAUUGUUUGAAUUUGCUCCCAAACAAAAUGCAGACGAGGUGCGACAAUAGUGCAGUGUUUCGUAGUUCCACAGGGACCGCUCAACAAAAAUGCAUCAGUUUGCAAAGGUUUUGCACCUUCUACCCUAAAUUAACCAGGUUACAGUUCAUUGUCUAAAUUGUAAAUUACUCUUUUGUUUGAUUAAAAGUAAC